AGAUCUGACAUUCCAAUCAUCUAUUUGCUCACGUGGUGGGUGAUUCGUUCUCAAAGCGGAGGUUUACUAGUUAAUUAAAUAAAAUAGGCAGUUGAUUUUAAAUAUACCAUGACGAUAUUUCAUGAUGAAGUAGAAAUCGAAGAUUUUGAGUACGAUGAAGAUGAUGAAAUGUAUUACUAUCCAUGCCCAUGUGGCGAUCGUUUUCAGAUAACCAAGGAAGAACUCAUGGCAGGGGAAGAAGUAGCUACGUGUCCCAGCUGUUCUCUUGUUGUAAAAGUCAUAUACGAUUUGGAUAAAUUUAAAGCUGAAGCUGAAGAGAAGAAUAUAGAAGAUAGUGAAAAAGAGACUAUUAAAGCAUAAUUAUGAAUAGAAACACAUUAUUGUGCUUUCAACUCAAAUAUUUUUUGCUACAAAUAGCACUGCAAUUGAAUUAUUGGCUUCCGAAGCUGACAAGGAGAUUGAGAGAAUCAUAUCAAGUUUCCUCUAAUAUAGAACUUUUGGGAAAAGUUCAAUAUUAACACUGUGAUUUUUAAUAUUUAUUAACAUGUACUAAAAAUGUAUAUAUUUAUUAAAAAAUGUAAAAUAAAACAACAAAGGAAUUACAAGUGAUCUAUAUUAACUCCUUAAAAUAUAUUGAUAAAUUAUCUAUAAUGUAUGUGUACAUUUAAUAAAUAUUUAAGAUACAUUAAAGUAAUAUUUUUGACUAGCUAUUACAAACUCCACACUACAGCUGAAUAUUGUUGAUCAGACUUGCACACUACCAAACUUAGAACUCUGUAAAUUACUAUUCAAAAUAACUAUAUAAAACAAAACACUGUUAACUCAAAUAUGAGAUUUCGACUGGUGCAAAUAGCCUGAAGCAAAAUUAUGUAGUUCAACUAACACAUUACACAAUAAUGGUUUAUUAAAAUAUAUAUAUUCCAGUCUAAUCAUAAUUAUUCAACUGUACAAAUCACUACAAAAUAUUGUCAUUAGAAAGAUUUAACAAGUUUUCACUAGCACACAAAUUGCUCACUAUUGCUAAAAUCAGUAUUAAAAAUAUGAAUUGACAGUUGCUGUUCCUGCAAAUAAUUGCAAAUCUGACUAAGGAUCUGUGAAGUGUUUCACGAAAGUAUGUG